AAUAGAAAACAAUUGGGCAUGCAUAUAAGGCAUGAAUCUCUACAGCUAAAAUGCCUUGAUUCAUAAACAGAGAACCAUCAUACCAUGCUAUAUCUAUUUAUUUACCUUCAAUUCUCAGUCAUACAAAGAAAAACACAAACCAACCUCAGGGAGAGAGAGAGAGAGAGAGACUUUGAUGGGCAAUUACAAGUUCAGAUUAUCAGAUAUGAUGCCAAAUGCAUGGUUUUACAAGCUCAGAGACAUGAGCAGAACCAAAAACCCCAACACCUCUCAUCCAAUCAAGAAAAAUUUUCCCUCACCAACUACAACAACAUCUCAUAGGCCCCAACACAUUUCUCAACCAAGAUACUCAAACCCAAAAGUCUCAGAUACCCAUUUUCCUGAUCCACCAAGAAAAUCAUCAUCAAAGAAAAAACCCAAGAAAAAAACCAUUCACAACAAGUCAUUGUCUCCUAGACUUGUCACCUCAUCCUCCUCUGUCUCGGCCGAUUGUAGUUGUGGCACAACACUUAAUUCUGUCAGGACUAAACCCGAACCAACCCUUGAACCUAUUUUCUAUGAGUCUCCUUUGUCAGAAUUCGAAUCCAACAACACAAUCGAUGAUUGCCAUGAGUCAUUCGAUGGACUAGCCUCAUGGCCGGGCUCAUGUAGUUGUAGAGUCACUUCUUCAACUACUGAUAUCAUAAUCGACAUGAAUCAGAAAUCAUACUCCAAGAAAGUUGAGAAGCUAGACACAAUCUCAAAGGUAGAGCUUCCUCCAAUUUUGACAAAGCCGGUUAAAUUCAAAGACACGGCAAAAAGUUCAUCCAAAUUUGAAGAGAUUCAAGCUCAUGGUUCACUCUCCAUCAAUAUCGUGAAAGAAAAUACCGGUAAGAGUACUAAAAAAGAGAUUAAAACUAGUCCUCGCAUUCGAAAACCUGCCUCCCAUUCGACAGGAGUGAAGAUCCAAUCGAAUUCUCCAAGAACAAUGAGCAAGAAAGUUCAAGCUUGUGGUAGGAGAAGUGUGUCAUCAUCAAGCAAGAGAUCAAAAUCACAACCGAGGAGGAGAUUCGCAGAGAGCUUUGCAAUUGUGAAGUCAUCAUUCGAUCCACAGAGAGACUUCAGGGAAUCAAUGGUGGAGAUGAUUGUGGAGAAUAAUAUCCGGGGAUCAAAGGAGUUGGAAGAGCUUCUUGCUUGUUACCUCUCAUUGAAUUCAGAUGAGUAUCAUGGUCUCAUUGUUAAGGCAUUUCAGCAAAUCUGGUUUGAUAUGGCUGACCACAGGAUGUGAAAUUCUUGUGGUUGAUGUAAUCUUGUAAAUGUGACUGUUUUAGAAACAUGGUAUUCAUUUUUUUCUUUUUGUU